UUUUGGCUGCGGAGACGCGCUGGACGCAGCGGACUGUCCCGGCUGGUUCUCUGCAGCCUGGAGGUGGAGAGAAGCUCCCCGCUGACUGGACAUCAGCACCCGGUCGGUUCGGAACCGAUCCGAGCUUUUUAAACAACUUCCGCUUUAAAAACAAAACCGGAAUAAACCAGGAAGAUCAGCGGAGACUCCCCGCGUCUUCACCCCGCCGACAGCUGCCUCUGCCGGGACGCGCUCGGAGCGGCGCACCGCUGGUCUCCGCUGGACCCAAACGGAUCUUCAGUUCAUUUGUUCAGAUGAAACGUUCUCCAGCAGGCUGCUGAACCACUUCAGACAGAGCAGUGCCGCCAUGCUGAAGCCGGGUGACCCGAGCGGUUCGGCCUUCCUCAAGGUGGACCCGUCCUACCUGCAGCACUGGCAGCAGCUCUUCCCGCAGGCCCAGCUCAAGGCUCCGCUGGCCCCGCCACCGCCUCCACCUGCGCCUCCACCAGACCGCCUCUCCAUCGCCGUGGACGCCCUGCGCCCGUCCCGCCUGCACGCGCACCUCCUGGCCUGCACAUCCUCUUCCUCAUCUUCCUCCACCUCCUCCUCCUCCGCAGCUCCUUCCUCCUCCUCCUCCAUCUCCGCCCCCGCAGGCCUCGCUCAGCUGCCCGUCCCGCAGCAGAUCGUGCUCUUCGGGCAGGCGCUGGCCCCGGCGCCAGGGGCCGCGGCGGACCUGGUGGUGGUGGUCCCCCCGGACAACCAGCAGGGCCACAACCCGGCGGCGGAGCUCCUCCAGCAGGCCAAGGAGCAGCGGUGCGCGGCGGUCGGGGUGGUGUCGUCCAGCGUGAAGAGCGGCGGCGGCGCGGAGGAGAGCGGGAAGGCUGCGGGGGGGCGAUGCAAGCUGACCUCCGAGGAGCUGGACUACUACCUGUACGGCCAGCAGAGGAUGGAGAUCAUCCCGCUGAGCAACCACACCGGGGAGCUCAACAACCGUUGCGACAUGUGUGCAGACAACAGGAACGGUGAGUGUCCGAUGCACGGCCCUCUUCACUCACUGCGCCGCCUGGUGGGCACCAGCAGCACUGCAGCGCCUGUUCCUCUGCCGGACGUCCCUGAUUGGCUGAGGGAUCUGCCCAGAGAGGUGUGUCUCUGCACCAGUACGGUUCCCGGUCUGGGUUAUGGGAUCUGUGCCGCCCAGAGGAUCCCUCAGGGAACCUGGAUCGGCCCGUUCCAGGGCGUCCCCCUCCUGGUGGACAGACUGCACUCCGGGGCCGUCAGGAACACCAGACACCUGUGGGAGAUCUAUGAUUCAGAGGGAACAUUGCAGCACUUUAUAGAUGGAAACGAUCCCAGUAAAUCCAGUUGGAUGAGGUACAUCCGCUGUGCGAGGCACUGUGGGGAGCAGAACAUGAUGGUGGUCCAGUACAGGUCGUGCAUCUUCUACAGAGCCUGCAUGGACAUCCCCAGAGGAACGGAGCUGCUGGUUUGGUACAACGACUCCUACACGUCCUUCUUCGGCAUCCCGCUGCAGUGCAUCGCUCAGGACGAAAACCUAAACGUUCCAGCUACAGUGGUGGAGGCCAUGAGCAGACAGGAAUCCCUCCAGUCCUUCAGCAAAAACAGCAAGCCAUCCUCGUCUUCAUCGUCCUCCUCCUCCUCCCCUCCGGCUGCCCUGCUGCGCUCCAUGGUCUUCCCCCACCCCCCCUGUUCCCGGAGCUUCUCGCUGCUGGACAAGGUUGGGGUCGGAGUUCAGUCGGACUCUGGCUUCGGCCAGCUGGGCUCGAAGAACCAGCGGGUUCUGGCGAGCCCGACCUCCACCAGCCAGCUGAGCAGCGAGUUCAGCGACUGGCAUCUGUGGAAGUGCGGCCAGUGCUUCAAGACCUUCACCCAGAGGAUCCUGCUGCAGAUGCACGUCUGUCCGCAGAACCCCGACAGGCCGUACCAGUGUGGCCACUGCUCCCAGUCCUUCUCGCAGCCGUCGGAGCUGAGGAACCACGUGGUGACGCACUCCAGCGACCGGCCCUUCAAGUGCGGAUACUGCGGCCGCGCCUUCGCCGGCGCCACCACCCUCAACAACCACAUCCGGACGCACACCGGAGAGAAGCCGUUCAAGUGUGAGCGUUGCGACCGCAGCUUCACGCAGGCGACGCAGCUCAGCCGCCACCAGCGACUCCCCAACGAGUGCAAACCGGUCAACGACAGCACCGAGUCCAUCGAGGUGGAUUAACCUCUGACCUCUGGCUGCCCGCCACCUCACUGUCCAUCCAUCCGUCCACAGUAAGCCGACAUGUCCACACCUCAGAGUCUGACACAUCCAGAUGUCUGCCCUCCUCGCUGCGGCGCUCCCGCUGCGGCGCUCCCGCUGCGGCGAUCCCGCUGCGGCGUUCCCGCUGCGGCGCUCCCGCUGCGGCGUUCCCGCUGCGGCGUUCCCGCUGUGGCGUUCCCGGACUCCACCAACGUUCAUCCCGUUUACAGAAAUCUAAAAUCACGGCAGAAAUCAUCCGAUCCUCUGGUCUGUUUCUGCUGUCGGACUCGUGCAGAAACAGAUCCGGGUUCAGAGAAACGGAGUGAAAACCUCGACUCCACCAAACCAAAGAUCCGACCGGUCGCAGCGUUCUGGACACAGAUAUUUACUGGAGACUUCUGGGAAUACCAACAUGCUUUGUUCCAAAGAAAACCUUCUGAAAAGCCAAAUAAAGCGUCUGAUUGUCUUCCUGCAGCUUUACCUCCAGGUGACGGACUGAGAGGCUCACCGACCCGUUUACGGUCCAAACCCACAGCAGCGACUGUAGAACCAGAAAAGAGAAAAACAUAAAUAUUCUAUUUAUCUUCCUGCUCAUAUUGUGCUGCAAGCACUUUUUAUUUUGAAACGUUAAUAUUUGCAGCUCUAAUGUUGAUACAUGUACAGAGGGAUUUCUUAUAGAAAUGAUCCCAGAGUUAAUAUGAAGCAUGACUUCAAUCAUCUUCACAUUUCAGAUGUUUCUACUUCCUGUUUCCUGUUUUCUAAAUCUCCUCUGAAGGAAACUCGACUCUGAAUGUUUUAAAAACUCACCUUCCUUCUUCUCUCAAAGAGUUUAUUGAUGCACCAAAAGCCUCAGACAUGUAAAUAAUGAUGAAGUUUCGUUUUGUGUUGAAGCUCUGAAGGUUAAAGGUCGUUGUGCCUGAGAGUUAAAAAGCUUUAAAUCGGCUCCGAUCCAAAGAAACACCGAAAAUCAGCACAAAGGGAUGUUUCACUGAGGACAGGAAACUGACAUGUUUAAAUUUAAUAAUAAAAGGUUUGGACAAAGUGACCACUAAUCAUCGAUGUCACAGACAGAUUCUGGACAUUUCAGAAUAAAUUACUAGAAUGAGGGAAAGACGCAGCAUUUUAUUAAAAUGUUGGUUCUACCGGAUCUCCCCGGCUGGAGGGAUUCUCUCUUCAGAACCCGGCUGAUUUAAAUCGGUUUGUGUCACCGGGCCGGACUCUGAGCCCUGAGGAACUCCUCCCUCCUGAGUGAAGCAUCUCUGUUUUCACGGCGCAGAGUGAGCCGAUGCUGGAUGUGUACAGGUUUUAUAUGACUCAUCAGAUCCACUUCCUGUUUGGAUCCAGAGGAUCUGAAGUCAGUUUGAAAAAUCAAACAAAUCUGUGAUUUCUAAAACUUUCCAUGUUUAAUAUGAACCAAAGAUCCAGGUUGAGUUCAGGUUCUGCUUCCCGUUGAUCUGAUCUCUGCAUGAGUUUCCAUCUUUUGGUUUGUUUUUUAACAAACAUCAUAAAUCAAAAUAACUUUGAUCCGUUGGAAAUAAAACUGAGAUCUGCUUUUGAUUCUGA